UUUCGUACAUUAACUAAACAUGAUGGCGUAUUGUUUCCAGUGAGACGUUCAAAAUGUGUUUAGAUACUGUUAAUAUAUCAUUUUAUUGAGUUAUAUGAUAGUGAACAGUGUUCUUUAUUGAAAAUGAAUUCUUUGCAAUAUGUAGUGCACCCUUUGCCCGGCACCGAAGAACAGUUCAAUGACAGAUUGAAGGAAGUGGCCGAUCGAAUCAACCGUUUAGGCCAGAACAUCCAUCCCGGCCUGGCGAAUUUACGUUCGGGCAUCAAACGGAUAUGCCUGUCACCGAACUACAUAGCCCUGCUGUUAGAGGACGGAAGGAUUUGCAGAGUAUCGUACAAUGUCAUAUCCGAUAGAUUAGAUUUGAGCAAAAAUGAGAAAAAAUCCUGGCCUAUACGUAGCUCCGGUGGGGCCGGAGUGGGCGGCGGCGGCGGCGGCACGGGCGGCAGCGGCGGCAACAAACCGACAGGCGGCAGAGGAGUCAGGACGAGAGCGAGAAUUAUGAGAUCUAAUACGGCGAUCCGAGGAGGCAGCAACAGCGGUAGCAGAGGAGCCCCGGUCAUCAUCGGUACGAGUUCGUCGAGUAGCGGCAGGCCGAUGGUCACCGUGCCGGCGCCUUACGUACCCGAGGAGCUCGUAUCCCAGGCGCAGGUGGUGCUCCAAGGGAAGAGUAGGACUUUAAUUAUCAGAGAAUUACAACGGACGAAUUUAGACGUGAACCUUGCGGUUAACAAUUUACUGUCUCGCGACGACGAAGAGGGCGAGGAAGUGGACGAUGCGGCCGAUUCGUACGUGCCGGAAGAUCUUAUUUCGUUGCUCGAUGGCGGUUUCCAUCCGGACCAUUCGGUUAUUAUCGAUGCCGAUGCCAUGUUUUCCGAAGAUAUGUUCGGAUAUUCCAGCAUAAGGAACUUCCUUAACAGUCGCGGUAGCAGCGGUCGCAAUCGCCUGCCCGACCGAGACGCGCCGCCGAGCAACGCGAGCGGCAUCGACAGGGACCGCGAGAACUUCUCCCGAUGGAGGGACAGACAGUACUUCGGACCGAGAAGGUGGCUCGAAACGGCCCUCAGAGACAACGCUUUCGACAAGGAUUCCGAUCACAAAAAGAAAGACAACGCCUGUCCGUUGUGGAUAUCGGACGAUUUGGAAUUUUGGCCGGAACCCUUCCUGAAAUUCACCCAAAUGGCGACGUUAUACAGCGAACUGAUCGCCGUAUCCUCCACGGGCCAAUUGUACCAAUGGAAAUGGAACGAACACGAGCCCUACAAGCAUCCCGAAAACCCCAACGUCCAUCAUCCCAAGACCGUUCCGCUGGGUCUGACCGGCGAGAAGAUCACCCAGCUGUCGGCCUGUUCGAUGCGUUGCACCGUCGCCACGGAAUCGGGCAAAGUGGCCACUUGGUUGGACGAUCUCCUAUCGCCCGCCGCCAGCAAACUAGAACAUUCCGUACAAGCCUACACCGAAUUCCAAACGGACAAGAUCGCUUCGUUGUACACGUGUCCUCUAUACACCGUCGCCCGAUUGGAAAGCGGAUGUCUCUAUUGGUGGGGGGUGUUGCCGUUCGCGCAGCGGAAACGCCUGUGGGAGAAGUACCGCACGAAGUGCCGCAAACAGCGGCCGUCGAACAAUCAAUCGGAGAUCGUGGCCGGUUCGCAGGUGUGCAUGAAGAACUGUCCCAUGUACCAGCAGGGCGCCAUCGCCUUCACCGUCGCCGGCGGCGUGCCGAAAGUCGGGCAAUUGCAGAACGCCGCUUGGACGUUGAGCGACACGUGCACGUUCAAAAUAUUGAACGUCAACAACGGCGGCGAGAAGAAAACCGACGGGUCCAUCAGCAAUUUGCUCGAAAAUGUUUUUGUAGCUAACACGGGCGCCAAAACGACCACGAACAAAGAGAAUACGGAUCGAUUGGAUAUGCCGCCGCCUCCGUCGCCCGCCUCCAGUACUUGCAGCGACACGGGCAGCGUGAACAGCCACAAGCGCCAGAAACGAUCGGUGGUGGCGAGUUCGGAGCCGGGGGGCGAGCAGAAGAAGGACGAGGAAGAGUGGCUGUUGCGCGACGUGAUUUUCGUCGAGGACGUACGCAGCGUGCCCACCGGCAGGGUGUUGAAAGUCGACGGUGCCUACGCGGCCGUGCGAUUCCCAUCGUCGCAUUCUAAAGUAUCCUUCGACGUCGACGAGAUCCUGCAGGAUUGCCGGUUGAUGCGGAAGGACGAGCUACAGGUGAUUAAAUCAUCGUCGAAUUCGCGGGUGCCGGAUUGCUUUCAAAGGACGCCGAGGCGGAUACAGAUACCGGAAAACGGCGGGCAGAUUUUGACGAUCGCCGUCGACGGGCAGGGCGUGCACGCCAUCGUGAGGAACGGCUCGAAAGUCAGUUACGUUAUAUACAACAUCAGCAGCGGUAGAGUGGAAUGGGACAAUCAAUUUCCCAGCGAGACGUCGGCUUUCAUGGGUCUGCAUCCCUCCUACAUUAAUCUUACGUGCGCUGGAGAGAGUUCCGAAUCGAUUUUGAUCCUUCGAGACGGGAACAAUACGAUCUAUCCGUUGGCUAAAGAUUGCGCCGACGCCAUACGGGAUCCGCAAUUUCUCGAUUUGCCGCCCAUCAAAUGCAUAACGGCCGGUACUCUGGGUUUGUCCGGCACCGGUACCAACAUGAAAAACCAAGUGGCCAUAGUCGUGUUCGCUUUGGAAACACAAUUACUGAUGCCGAAGAUAUUGCGGUGCGAUUCGGAAGGAGUGAAGCAAGUUUUGGCCCAGUUAGACAACGAUUUCAAAUCGAACGGAAUUAUGAGCAAAUCGUUUUUGAGCGAGAAAUGCGACGGGAACCGCAACAUUUUCCACGCAGUCGUCAACAUGUGUACACCUACAUCGAACAAAGAUCCGGAAACAGAUCAACCGGCUUUCGUGCACGAGGAACCCAUUCCGACGCCCAGCUGGCCGCCGGAGACCUUCGACGUGGCGUCCGGCGACGAGGACAGCCUGAUGAGCCUGGGCAGCAGCGCGGCCAACAAAGGGAUGAUCAAUCACCCGAACCCGCCCGUCGGUAACACCGUCAUCGAUCCGUCCGAACGGAGAUCCAACGCCAUGCAGAUUCUGCACGCUUUGCUGUACGAAUCGUUCGCGCUCGAGCCGCAUCUGAUCGAAAUGCUGUGCGCAAAAGACGCCCAAGGACAGACGCCGUUCAUGCUCGCCGUGUCGUCGCGCAGCUACCCGGCCGCCUUGGAGCUGUUCGAGAAGAUCAUCAAGCUGGGUACGCCGCAGGAGCGCGACGAAAUGAUCUUUCCGAAGGGAUCGAACGCCGACCAUUCGCCGUUGCACGUGAUUUGCUGCAACGAUACGUGCAGCUUCACGUGGACGGGCGCCGAGCACAUCAAUCAAGAUAUAUUCGAAUGUAGAACUUGCGGACUGACCGGAACGCUUUGUUGUUGCACCGAAUGCGCUAGAGUGUGCCACAAGGGGCACGAUUGCAAGCUGAAGAAAACAUCGCCGACGGCUUACUGCGAUUGUUGGGAGAAGUGCAAGUGCAAGGCGUUGAUAAUGGGCAAUCAAACUGUUAGAUACGAAUUGUUGACGAGAUUAGUGAAAGAAACGAACUUGGUGUGCCAGCCGAAUUCGAGGGGUGAAAGUAUCCUUCUGUUCUUAGUUCAAACGGUAGGCAGGCAAAAUCAAGAGCAAAGGCAAUUUAGGAAUUCGAGAUCCAGAACGGCUUCGUCGAACUCCAGGAAUAAAACGCCGUCGUCCGAUAUUGAAUCGGAUAUGCCGGAGCACGAUUUGGAACCGCCGAGGUUCAGCAGACGGGCUUUGGAAUGCCUGCUGGGCGACUGGAAAGCCGUGAAAAGUAUGAUCAUGUCGGGCGCUUCGAACGAACCGCUCAAAGAAGGUACCUACGAAGAUCAACCGUACAUCACCGGACAAACGGGCACCACUUUGUUGGACAAAUUCAUCCAUUGCUUCUUCGUCAAAUGCCAAAUGGUUUUGGACGUUCUACUAGAAACGAUCAUCAAGGAGAUGAAAAAUAGCGACGUCAAGCAACGAGAAGCGGCUCAUUUGGUGGCGAGAAGAUUCGUUCGAUCCGUCGUCAGGAUUUUCGUUAUAUUCAGCAUCGAAAUGGCCCCGAACACGACCAAACGGCAGCGUUUCGGCAACCAAAACGUGCCGCUCGGCAAAUGCAAAAAAGUAUUCCAGUCUCUAUCUAAAAUCUCCAUCGAAGAAUUGUGCGAAACCGCCGAAUCUCUAAUAGCGCCCGUUAGAUUGGGCGUCGCCCGACCCACGGCCCCAUUCUCCCUAGCCACGUCUCCCAACGAAAUAUUAAACGGAUCUGAAGAAUUGUUUCUAGUCGAUCCGUUGGCGCCUUCUUCGAACAACGGCCCGCGUACGGUCGAUAACUCCCAAUCGACCAGCAAUUUCCCGUUUCUGGCCGAAGCCGUCAGGAGCGCCGCCGGCGUGUUUUUGAACGAUCUAAACGACGCCGAUAAUAUGGCGAUAGACAACGACGAUGACACCGAGCACGAAGACGCGCCGGCCGAUCGCGAGCUACCGAUAGCCGUGCGACAGGCGUCUCUAAACGACAGCGAGCCCCAGGAGGUGGCCGAGGGCCAGCAGGAGAGCCGGUUGCCGGGCGAAGAGUCCGAUCCCGAAUUGGAUCUAUUGGCCGAAACCGAAUCGGACAGCGACGACAAUCACAGUAACCAAGACGCCGCCAGCGCCCAGCGAUCCGUACAAACCGGAGCCACGGCCGGAUCCGAUACCGGCGGUAUGCUGCUGUUUCCCGAAGACGAAAGCGGCGAAUCCUCGCAACAGGAGGAAGAGGAAAGCGAAGCCGGCGAGACCGACGAACAGGACACCGAGGACUACACCCUCACCGACGAGCAAUUGGAGAGAAGAAGCAACGCGGCCGGUCACGGUUCGAGAUCGAACUUGGCGCCGCAAAACAUGCAGUGGGCGAUCAGAUCGCGCGAGGCCGGCCGAUCGCAGGUGCGUUUGCCCAACGGUUCGAAUUUGGUGUUCAUCGAUCCGAGUUCGCUCAGACGAUCGACCACGGGGAACGCCACGGUCGCCGCCAGCAGCGAACCCAUUACGAUGGCGACUACGGCCAGUUGUUUGGCUAGAGCGUUCGGUAUCGUCAUUAGACAAAUAUCAGAUCUGUUGUCUUUGAUACCGGAUAUAAAUCAAAUUUUAUCAUCGUCUUCGCCUAAUAUGGAAGUCACCCAGGACGACAUAUACAACGUUCAAAUAUACUUGGAAUUCCGCUUGAAACCGACUUGGGAUUGGCUGUUGACCGUCAUGGACGCGACCGAAGCUCAAUUGAAAUUCGGCGCCUCUCUGACGAAUUCGUUGGAUCUGACCAGUCCCGGGCAUCCGUUGAACGCGACGACCGCAGGAGGUGGCACAGGAGGUGGGCGUCGUAAUAUGCCUGUUCCAUCUUUGGCUUCUUUAGUCGCGUCUCGAUCUACAAGCAGAACGACACACAGAACGCACACGUUUACGGGCGGCUCGGGCAGUACUUCCAGCACCAGAAUCGUCGGUUUCACCACCAACGGGGAGCGUACGAGGCCCGAAAGAGAAAGUGGUGACGCGCACGCCGCCCGCCGGGAAUUCCUGCUCUACUGUCUGUCGCUGAUGCGCGCCCACAACAACGAGCACCUCGACUCGCUGCCCGUCCUCGACGUGUCGGCCCUCAAGCACGUCGCCUACGUCUUCGACGCCCUCAUCUACUACAUGCGAUCCGGCGGCAACGGCGACGGCGUCGACUCCGACGCCCGGCGCGAAGGCCUCCCGUUGCACGGCUGGAACGAACAGGACGAGAACGACAACGACGACACCGAGGAGGACAUCGCCGUCGCCAUGGAAACCGAAUCGUUGGACGACCAGGACGUGUCGAAUUUGACCAACAACAUGUCGAACAAUUUAAACGGAUCGUCGCUCGGCGGAGGCGGUGGAGGCGGCGGCAAAGGCAGGAAGCAUUCGUUCUUCCAACGAUCGGAGUCGACGUUGUGCUUGGGCUGUCCGCCGCCCGAUCCGUUCGACACGCCGAUGGCGGAGGCGCUGCCGCUGGCCGACCAGCCGCACCUGUUGCAGCCGAACGCGCGUCGCGAGGAGCUGUUCGGCAUACCGAAGCAACCGGUGACGUUGCCCUUGGGCCCGGGCGAUUCGGGCAAUCCGUUGGAAUCGCUGCCGACGAAGCUGAGCCUGUCGACGCGCACCGGCGAGUUCGCGAUGAGCCAGCCGGCGCGGGCGAAUCAUCCGAUAUCGAACGAUUUGAACGUGAUGGGACCGAAUCCGUUGGUGUAUCCGACGAGUUAUCGGCCCGACGACGACGGUAGAGGGUAUAAGGAGGCGGCGACGUCGAAGGAAGGCGACGGUUGCGCGGGCGAUAAACCGCAGGAUUUGUCGAGGUGUAAGGAGGAUGCGGCUAAGGAGAAUUCCGGUAUGUCGAGGCCGCAGAUUAUCGUGUCGCCGAGGAAAUCCGAGGCUGUAGGAAACGCUUCGCAAGAAACUGUUAUCGCCGGGAGUUGUUUGCCGAUUUUGAAUUCCUGCGAACAAGCGAAGGAAUCUUUUGCGCCAGAUGUCGAAAGCGUGCCGUCUACUAGUUCGAGAAAUCCCGGUAAAAGCGUGAUUGUCAGAGCCAGACCGUCUACGAAUCCAAAAGCGAGCGUAUCCUCCGAUACGCUAAUGUCUCCGCUGGACAUCUCCCAAUUGGACACGUUGGAAAACCAGGAGAUAUCGUCGAACGUGACCGUAAUAACCACUCCAGCGGCCACCGAGGUGCCUCGACCCUCUUUCGGCCAGUCCGUAUCGCACGAUUUGCUCUUGGGCAGAUGGCGAUUAUCGUUGGACCUGUUCGGGCGGGUUUUCAUGGAGGACGUCGGCUUGGAACCGGGCUCCAUCGUCUCCGAAUUGGGCGGGUUUCCCGUCAAAGAGGCCAAAUUCCGCAGGGACAUGGAGAAACUGAGGAACAACCAACAGCGAGAUCUGACGCUGUCGAAGGUCGAACGAGAUCGCACCCAAUUGCUGGUGCAAACGUUCAAGGAGCUGAACAUGCAGUACAACAGCUGCAACCGACGCACGACGUCGUCGUCGUCGCCGCCGUUGGCGGUGAACCGCGUCAAGGUGACGUUCAAAGACGAACCGGGCGAGGGUAGCGGCGUGUCGAGGAGCUUCUACACCGCCAUCGCCGAGGCCAUACUGUUGAACGAGAACAUUCCCAAUUUGGAGUCGGCGCAGGUCGACAACAAGUACUCGCAGUACAGCAUGUUGCAGAGGCUGCGCCGCGACAGGGACGCGUUGCGCCGCAGCGUCGCCCCGAGGAAUUGGAGCAAAGCGAGGGACCACCAUCGUAGGACGAUGAGCGCCGAAGCGCGGCCGUUCGUGCCGAUGGAGAAUUUCCAUCACGCCGAAGCGCCGUCGAUGCCCGACAUAUCGAACAUGUCGGCGAACCAACAACAGAACGGCAACAAUGCGAAUCCGAGCGGUCCGCCGCGCAACGAGCACCUGACCACGCAACAGCAACAUUACGGCGACAGGUUGUACCCGAAGGUGUACAAUUUGCAUCCGACCUUCGCCGGGAGAAUAACGGGCAUGCUGUUGGAAUUGUCGCCUGCCCAGCUGCUGUUGCUGUUGGCUACCGAAGAUUCGCUGCGGGCCAAAGUAGAAGAGGCCGUCGAGAUGAUUUUGGCGCAUACGCAUUCCCAGCCGGAGAUUAGUUCCGAUAAUCUUUUAGAAGAUUCUCUGCAAGACGAAGACGACGCCGCGCCGCUGUUCUAUUGCCCGGGCAAACAGGGAUUUUACGCUCCCCGACAAGGGAAGGCCACUUUCGAGAGGCUGAACGCUUUCAGAAACGUAGGAAGAUUAUUGGGAUUGUGUUUGAUGCAGAACGAAUUGUGUCCCAUAUUCCUGACGAGACACGUUCUCAAAUCGAUAUUAGGUAGAUCUAUCAAAUUCCACGAUUUGGCCUUUUUCGAUCCCGUCGUGUACGAAUCGAUGCGGCAAUUGGUGAUCGAUGCCGAAACGAAGGAUAGCAACAGUUUGUUUGCGGCGUUGGAAUUGAAUUUUACAUUAGACUUGUGCCCGGAAGAAGGCGGCGGUACCGUAGAACUCAUUCCAGGCGGCAAAGAUAUAGAAGUUACAUUUAAUAACGUUUACGAUUACGUUAGGAAAUACGCCAAUUAUAGGAUGAUUAAAGUCCAAGAAAAAGCUAUAGAACACAUAAAGAUGGGAGUAUUCGACGUACUUCCGGAAGGUUCGUUGGACGGUUUGACUGCCGAAGAUUUGCGGCUAUUGUUAAACGGAGUCGGAGACAUCAACGUAGCCGUACUAAUUUCCUACACUUCUUUUAACGACGAAUCCGGCGAAAGCAGCGAUAGAUUGGUUAAAUUCAAGAGAUGGCUUUGGUCUAUAGUCGAAAAAAUGACGCACAUUGAACGACAGGAUUUGGUGUACUUUUGGACCGGUUCUCCCGCCCUUCCGGCCAGCGAGGACGGUUUCCAGCCGAUGCCUUCGGUGACUAUCAGACCGGCGGACGAUGCUCAUCUUCCUACGGCUAAUACUUGCAUAUCGAGACUGUACAUCCCGCUUUACAGUAGCCGAACCGUCUUGAGGCAGAAACUACUUUUAGCCAUAAAAACGAAAAAUUUCGGUUUCGUUUAAUGCAUGACACGGAGGAAUUUCGCGUCGUUUUUUUCUUUUUUAAUCAAAAAAACUAUUAUAGGUAUGUUUCGAAAAAUUUGCGAAUUAGUUUUUUGAAAUCGUGUUUAUUUAUUUAGAAAUAUUUAGGUUUGAAUACAGUGGCACAAAGUGGAAUUGUUUCAUUGUUUUUUUUUAAAUUUAGUACUAAGUUUUGUUGGUUAUGUUUUGUUAUUUUUGUAUAUCAACUUGUGCCAAUAAUAAAAAAAUAAUAAUCACUUUGGUUGUUUCUCUUUUAUAUAAAAAUUAUCCUACGAUUCGAUUUCGUUUUCUAAUCAACUCUGUUAAGGUAAUCAACUAAAACUAUAAUAAUGAAUUUACUAAAAUUAGUUACACAACGAAAGAAUAUACACUAAAAAAAAAAAGACGAAAACUCCAAUAUACACAACUUAUUCUUUGUACCUUCUUCUAAAACCGUCACUGUCCUUAACAACCUUAAGAUAAUUCCUGUUGACUAAUUUACUGCGAUAGUAAUCGAAUCCGGGCCGCUUGACCGGCUCCUCGGCCCCUUCCUCCGACGAUGCCGAACUGUCGUUGUCCAAUUCGGAUUCCUCGCUGGACGAACUGCUCCCCGUCGGAUCCGACUUGGAGGUCUCCUCGUCGCUGCCGCUCGAGCUCUCCUCGCUCUCGCUCUCUUGCACCUUCGACCAAAUCGUCGAGGCCACCGUCGGCGGCUUCUGCUUCUUGAUCACCACCGUGACUUUGCUCUUCGGCUUCGUCCUCUCCUCGUCCGCUUCAUGCUGGUGCCUUCUGUAGUGGACCAAUCGCUCCGAAGUCAGCCUUCGGCCGCGACUGGGCGAUUCGUGCCU